UUAAAUCAAUUCUUUUAUUCAUUCUGCUAAACCCCCAACGGCAAAGCCCCAGCCUAAACUAGUUCCAAAAACUCGCCGUAAUCCACUCUCUGCAAAAACUCGCCAUAAUCCACUUUUUGCAAGACGCCGAAGUAACUCGCCGUAGUCCAAUUUCUGCAAGACGGCGGAAGAUUUUGUUAUAUUCUCCUUCUCUUUCUCUUUUGAUUCUUGAAUGAAAUCACAACAAAGAAUAUAAAAUUACGUCUCUAUACUGUAGUAGAGUACAGAAUGGCCCGUUCUAAGGCAUCAUCAAAGAAGCAGCAGAAGCCGCAAAAGCAACGCGGUGUCGACUUCAAAAAAAUUAAGCGGAAGCUUGGCAGGAAGCUGCCACCGCCGAAGAAUGCGACAAAUACUGAGAUUAAAUCCAAAGCGAUUAUACUUCCUGAACAAAGUGUGGCGUCGGAGAAGGCGGGAUUAGCUGUUAGCAAGAAGGGCUUGACUUUGAAAGAGCUUCUUCAACAAACAUCCCAUCACAACACAAAAGUUCGGAAAGAUGCAUUGAUGGGCAUUAAGGAUUUAUUUCAAAAGCAUCCAGGAGAGUUAAGGUUGCACAGAUAUGCCGCUAUAGAAAAGUUGCGUGAACGUAUCAGUGAUGAUGACAAAGUUGUCAGAGAAAUGCUAUAUCAGUUAUUUAAGACUGUGAUAUUUCCUGGGUGCAAAGAGGAUAAUCAAGGACCUUUCAUUUCCUUGAUGAUGGCCUAUAUUUUCAAUGCAAUGACAAAUUUAGCAAUUGAUGUUCGGUUGAUGGCUUUUAAAUUUUUGGACCUUGUUGUGCAGUACUAUCCACCUUCCUUUUCUUUACAAGCUGAAAAGAUUCUCCAAAAUUAUGAUGAUAUUCUACGGAAGAACCAAUUAUAUUUACAAGAUAAGGGCAAACUCAAAAGCACCCUUGCUGGGUUGGUACGCUGCUUGUCGCUUUCGCCAUGUAAAAAGAGUCAAGACACAAGUGGAAAGAACAUUGCUGGAGAAGGAAUAUUGCAUUCUUUUGGGCCUGAAGUUCCUUCAGAAGCUUCUGGGUUUUCUUCUAUCACAAAGAAACUAAAGGACCUUGUCCCAGUUUUAGUCAACUGUUUCCAAGAAUUUAUUCCGUUGGUUCAUGGUAUGACGUCACUGGAUGCACAAUCAUUUGAUUGUAUGCAUUUUAUACUUCAGAGCGUAGAUCUUGCAGUUGGAUUUUUUGUUUAUGGAACCCACCAGGGAAAACAAACAUCACAACCUUCUUCUGGAGGACCUGAUGUGGCAAUAUUGGAUCAAACUAUUUCGUCAGUGUUGUUGAAAAAGUUAUUCAGUAUAUUUCCCCUAAAUCCAACACAUCAUCUUUCUGAUAAGGUUGAUGAUAGAUACUUUAUCUUGAACAUUGUUAUUACAGAAAUAUUUUUGCAUUAUAGUGAGUGGAUCUGCCCUCCUGCAAUCUUGUUGGAGAAAUUUCUAGAAUUUAUAGAAAAUGCGCUUCUUGGCAAGGGCUGCAGUGAUUCACGGUCUGGUAAAGCUGUCUGGGAAAAGCAUUUACUUUUGUUGCUGCCUUUUCUUCCAAAACUUUUACUGCAAGUGACAAGUGAUUGGAAGUAUCGUCUUCUUCAGGCAUUUACCAAGACAUUUGAGGAUAGCAACCCAGAGUCUUCUCUUAAGUUGGCUUGUCUUUCUGCAAUUGAAAAAAUGCUUGUUCCUAGAGAUGAUGUGGUGUUCCCAGAUGAAAGUGAUCCCUUAUUUGAACAUCAGAUUAUAUGGAUAAGAGCUCUUCCCCAGUUGCUAAUCCUGCUAGGUGAUGACUACCCAUCCUCUUCCCAGGUUGUGCUGAACAUUCUACUUUGCCUGGGAAAAUGUGCUUACUUGAAUUCUACCUUUGCCUGGGAAUAUGAGAACAUGCAGUACACACUUCAUAAGUUCUAUAGCUCAUGUCAAGAGGAAGGAGACAUAGUUGAUGGUCCCUUUGUAAGGCUUUCCAGGGAUUCUCAGGAGCUAUCUGUCUGCUGCCUUUAUUAUUUCUCUAACUUGGGUCCAUUGUUGCUGAAGUCACUAACAUUUUGUUGCCUAUGUCCUGAGUUGGAGCCAUUUAUGCUAUUUCGAAUCAUAGAGAUUCUGCAUUCUGCCUUCAAUGCUGGGCAUAUCCAGAUUGCUGACCACAUUAGUUUCUUCAUCACUUUAAUUUCCCGUUUUAGAGUUUUCCCUGAAACUAUGCAUCCGGCAGUAGAGAGUGAUGCGAAGAUCUCAAAUCGUGGAACUUUCAAGCUGCUCACCAAUGCUGUCUGCUCAUGCCUUUCACAGAUGGGUGAUAAUUCUCUUGUUUUCCAGAUACUAGAGAAACCAAUACUUAACCAACUAUUAUUAAAGCCUCCUCUAGACAAUGCAUGUGCCAUGCUCAGGAUGCUUGUUACACUAGACUCUAAACCCACAAGAUUUUCGGAACAGGGUGUCAUCACUCUGAGCGACUAUCUUUCAGGAUAUGUAGUUGAUGUUGCUCAUUGCAUCCCAGAAGAUGAUGAGAUUACUGUCCCUACUCGUACACGGACAUGCCGUUAUUAUAUUCUACCGUGCUUUUUCUUGUUUGAUAGAAGCCACAAGCUACUGGAACUUGUUUUGAACAAGAUGGGUUCACUGAUAACUCAAAGUAGUUCAUCAUCGUUGGAUCAAAUUUAUGUUCAAUAUGCAAUGGACCGUUCAAAGAGAAUAAAUGCUGUUGUCUCUGCGAUUUUGUUGAUGCAUAAGGAUGCUAAAGUUCGAAAAAUUGUUUCUUCAUUCAAGGAAGAGAUGGUCCACAUUUUAAAGAGCAUAAUGUCUUUGCAGUCCUCAGAGGAAGCCAACAUAAAUAUCGAAGAAAGGCACAAAAUACAAUGUGCAUAUGAUCAACUAAAGAUGGUUACAAGUAUGCUACCUAAUAAGGUACCAACAAUUUAGAAGGAUGUUCGUGACCAACUAAUGAAGCUAGAUGCCCUGUUGCUCUAUUAUUCGGAAAUCGUGAAGAUCUUCAGAAAGUUGAGGAAUUAUCUCAUGUAUUUGACUCAAGGUUUUGGCCCAACACUAUACAACUCCAUUAUGUGCCUAAAUUGACAAUGAAAAGGGGCAAACUUCACCAGGGCCGUAGACAAUAUCGUGAUCUCAUAUUGAAAGUUAAUUUCAGUUUUUUUUUUCCUUGCAGCAGCCUUACAUAUUUUCCGUGAGAAUU